UCAGCUGAUGAGGAAACAACUGACUUGAGUGUUACAAAUAAGAUGUGUUGACCACAAGCAACCAAAAUCAGUUUUUAACAAAUGGUCCGUUUAAAAUCGGAAGUUUGUGCUAAGCAGAUCCUUUAACACGUCUUAGAGCGAAUAUUGAUUUCAUAUGUCUUGUUAAUGUAAUAGACAGGAGCCAGUAGCUGCACCAGUGGACGAGAUCUGAUAAUUUCUGCCCUGUGAAGCACAGCAUGGAUCCCUUAGGAGCUCGUUCUCAAUUUAUGGAUGUCCUGAGCCUCCCUACCUGGUCCCAGUCUCAGGAAAACCAGGAUGAAGAGGAUGUAGAGAACAAUUUUAAAGAAGAUGACGGCAUCCUGACCAAUCAGAUCAACUCUUUAACGUCCCCUUUCUCUUUCAGACAAGACAUCAAUUGCAAGAUUGUACUUUUUAAUGGAGAUGUGGCACUUUUAAACUGUACUGCAAUCGUCAAUACAAGUAAUGAGACACUAACCGACAAGAACCCUGUAUCAGACAGCAUUCACAGACACGCUGGGCCUGAGCUGAAGGAUGAACUGCUCAAAUUGAAAGGAUGUCGGACGGGUGAGGCAAAAAUGACAGAGGGCUUUAACUUGGCCGCACGCUUCAUUAUUCAUACGGUUGGACCCAAAUAUAAAGCCAAAUACAGGACAGCUGCAGAGAGUUCUCUAUACAGCUGCUACAGAAAUGUCAUGCAGCUCGCCAAGGAAUAUGGCAUGGGGUCUGUAGGUUUCUGUGUGAUCAACACAGUCAAAAGGGCAUAUCCACUGGAAGACGCCAUACAUAUAGCAUUAAGGACUGUUCGUAGGUUUCUUGAGAACCAUGGUGAGAACAUCGAGACUGUGGUGUUUGCUGUUUCAGAUGUUGAAGAGCCAGUGUACAUGAAGUUAAUGCCUCUGUAUUACCCACGCUCAAAGAGUGAAGAGAAGGCCAGUCUUCCUCUCCUCCCUGCAGACAUCGGCAAUGCUGAGGGUGAGCCCGUAGUCCCGGAGAGACAGAUUCGAAUCGCUGAAAAGCCGGGAAAUCUGGAUGAUGACUCUGGGGAUGACUCGCUUGAAUCAGACCUGGGGCUUGUUGGAAAUCACGCAUUCGCUCGUAUGGAAGGAGACGUGGAUAAGCAGCGGAAACUCAUCCUGCAGGGCCAAAUGUCUGAGGUGGCCCAACAGAAACAGCACCAAAGGAACUAUAACCGCUGGCUGUGCCGAGCACGGGCAGAUGAUCUCUCAGACAUAGCAGCAUUAAAAGCAUUAUAUCAAACCGGUGUUGAUAUAUGUGGCAGGACGGUCAUGGUAGUUGUCGGCAGGAAUAUUCCAGUUACAGUCAUUGAUAUGGAGAAGGCCUUACUUUAUUUCAUCCAUGUAAUGGACCAUAUUACUGUAAAGGAGUAUGUGAUGGUGUAUUUCCACACGCUCACCGGUGAACACAACCACCUGGACACAGACUUCCUCAAGAAGCUCUAUGAAAUUGUGGACACCAAGUUUAAGAAAAACCUGAGAGCUUUCUACUUUGUUCACCCAACAUUCCGCUCAAAGGUGUCUACAUGGUUUUUCACAACGUUCAGUGUAUCAGGCCUGAAAGAGAAAGUUCAUCACAUAGAGAACCUGCAGCAGCUUUUCUCCUGUAUCCUACCAGAGCAGAUUGACAUCCCUCCUUUUGUCCUGGAGUAUGACGCACGGGUUAACAGCCCGUAUUAUACAUCUCACUCCUCGGGUCUGUGACGGUAUCAGAUAAAGCAAGUGCAGUAAGGCUUGACAGGAUCUGUCACUGUAUGCUGAGCCUCUGGGCAAACACUGAACCCGAUGACACUGAUGGCUAUGUCAGCGAUGUAUCUCAGUCAUUCCUUGGAAGCAAAGUUUUCCGGGUGACAAACAGAGAAAGCUGAUACUCCUUCUUUCAAUAAUGCUGUAUAAACAUAACCUGCUGAACGUGCCACAGACUGAAACGAAACCAAAAUGUCAACGAAGGAACUGCUGGUUUGACUUAAGAUCAAGUUUGAAAAAUGUAUAUAUUUACGUUUUUGUGAACUAAAUUUGACAAAUAUGCAUAACAGCUGAUAUUUUGUACCUGGAAACAAUAAUUACUGCCAUUUCUAAUGUCCAUCUCUUUGGUUCAUUUAGUAAUCUCACCACUAUACUUUGCCACCUAAGUCUACAUUGUUUUGUAGUUUUAUUGCAUUCCACAUCUGCACUGUCACCAUCUGGAGCAGUUUAUUUUUUUCAGCCACAAAGACAGUUAAAGUUUUGUCUCCGGUAUUAAACAUAAACAUUACUACAGAUUCACCCGAAAGAUUGCUGUUUAAAGCUGUUUGUCCAACACUCUCAGAGAAAAGGUAAAAGCUGUCACUGGGGUGUUACCUUUUCAAAAAGUACAUUUUUGUACCUAAAGGCUGCAUGUUAGUACAGUGACAACUUGUGUACCCUUAUUACUGAGAGUAAAGCUGGUCUAUGGAUAUAUCAGUUCCCAUUAUAACAUCAAAACACAUUAAUGACAUACAGUAUAAAUAACACAAGCUGCUUACUGUGAUCGUCAGCACCAAUAUAUCACAGUACCAGAACGUCUCAAUGUUUAUUUGCACUCAAUUUAUAUUUUUGUCUCUGAGAUUUUCAAGUGACUGCCCUUUUUCAGAUUGUAUGUUUACUUCUUCAGUAGAUUUUUUGGUAUCUGUUUCUAUCUAUACAAGACGUCAGUGUUCAUGAUUGGUGGAUCUUCAGAUGCCCAAGGUACACUAAUAUUUUUAAAGGGCGUCACUUUGUAUUUUCUUCUAAAAAACGAAGCAGAUUUACAUGCAUGGCCAAAGUGAAGGACUGUACAUAUUUAACUGUAGAUGCUACUAAUGCAGUCUGUUACUACUAAUUUUGGUUUGUUUUAGUGAGCCGAUACCGAAACUGUGCAUUAAUUGUGUUAAAUUAUGUACUGUUUUAAAUGAAGUAUGAGAAAUAAAUCAUAGUGCUGUUUGAAUAAAAGAAAAUCUCAUGGUUGAA